AACAAGAGAUCAUAUCAUGUCCUCUCCAAGAGAAAGAGGAAAGAAUUUGAUGGAAUCAUCAGGAUCAGAACCACCGGUGACACCAAGCCGUUACGAGUCGCAGAAGAGACGCGACUGGAACACUUUCGGACAGUACUUGAGGAAUCAGAGACCGCCCGUGCCCAUGUCUCACUGCAGCUGCAACCACGUGCUUGAUUUCCUCAGGUACUUAGACCAGUUCGGUAAGACAAAGGUGCACGUGCCUGGUUGUAUGUUCUACGGCCAGCCUGAGCCACCAGCUCCUUGCACGUGCCCUCUCAGACAAGCUUGGGGAAGUCUUGACGCUUUGAUCGGACGGCUGAGAGCGGCUUACGAGGAGAACGGUGGAUCUCCGGAGACGAAUCCUUUCGCUAGUGGAGCGAUAAGGGUUUAUCUGAGGGAGGUUAGGGAGUGUCAGGCUAAGGCUAGAGGGAUUCCUUACAAGAAGAAGAAGAAGAAGAAGCCAACGACGGAGAUGGCUGGUGGAAGAGACGACUCUUCUUCUUCCUCCUCUUCCUUCAGCUUCUCUUAAGAGAUUCUCCAUCUUCGUGAAAGACUUUGUGAACUUGGCAGGAUCAGUAAGUCUCAAAGAGGGAUCAAAUGUAAAAAGAGACCUCAAAUCUAUCUACUGAUGAUCAAGAAGUCAGAGUAAAAUGGUAUCUUCAACAUAUCUUUUCGGCCCAUUUUUGCCGCUCUUCGUCCCCUCCUCUUCAUUUCCGUAGCUCUCUGUCAUAAAUAUAUUGAUCUCAAUUCU